GCAUGUGUCGCUUCAGCUGGCGGGAGCGGAGGCGGCGGGGGCUGUGCGACCGGCUGGGUUUGUGAGAUGGCUACUGACAUUUCUGAAUCCAGCGGGGCUGAUACGAAGAACAGUGCCAAGCUAGAUGCGGAUUACCCUCUCCGAGUCCUUUAUUGUGGAGUCUGCUCGUUACCAACAGAGUACUGUGAAUAUAUGCCUGAUGUUGCUAAAUGUAGACAAUGGCUAGAGAAGAAUUUUCCAAAUGAAUUUGCAAAACUUACUGUAGAAAAUUCACCCAAACAAGAAACUGGAAUUAGUGAAGGCCAAGGACCAGUAGGGGAAGAGGAGGAGAAGAAAAAACAAAAAAGAGGUGGAAGAGGUCAAAUAAAACAGAAGAAGAAGACAGUACCACAGAAGGUCACAAUAGCCAAAAUCCCCAGAGCAAAGAAGAAAUAUGUGACGAGAGUGUGUGGCCUUGCAACUUUUGAAAUUGAUCUCAAAGAAGCACAAAGAUUUUUUGCUCAAAAAUUCUCCUGCGGUGCCUCAGUAACAGGGGAGGAUGAGAUCAUCAUUCAGGGAGACUUCACAGAUGACAUCAUCGAUGUCAUUCAGGAAAAGUGGCCAGAGGUAGAUGAUGACAGCAUUGAAGACCUUGGAGAGGUGAAGAAGUGACUCAGAAGUCAUGUUUCUGACUGUGACCUGAGAGUUGACAUGGCCAACAGAGGAGAGGCCUUUCAGAAAUAUAUACAUAUGUACAUAUGUGUGUAUAUAUAUCCUACAGUAAAGCUGUAGACUCCUCGUC